CGGACUGUGAAUAGCUGGGAUUGGACUGCAAAUAGUUGUAAUCAUACCGGCCUGCUGGUCUUAACAAGAGUUUCUGGGGAGAACGUUUACACCUACGUCUCUUUUUUUUUUUUUUUUUCACCGUACUUUUUUUAAGCACGUCUUGUCUUAAUACCAUGACUAAAGAAAUAGAAAGUGCUGAAGAAAGUAGUAUGUUUAAUGAUGUACUUACGUUUAAAUUACACAACAAUCAAUUACCAGGCAAAGACCAAUUUAGCAAAGAAAUGUUAAAAACACAAGAGGUGAUGGAUAUUGUUGUCGGUGGGCUGUUAAAUGUCCCAAAAGGAACUUAUACGUCGGCUGAAACAGAAUGGCACAACAGUUCAAAAAGCGAUAUCCUCUACAAACCUCGGUUGGCAGCCCAAAGCUCACUUCCCCCCGUACUUGUAGAGGUACAACUGACGGUGAACGAACCGUUUAUGCAACGUGUGGUUAGCUACGCCCAAAAUGCCAUGAACACAUACAAGCUUUAUCCCAUAGUGCUCAUUUUCUGCAUUGAUCGCGUUUCUCCGGCCCAGCUCGCUACCAAGUUCAAAACGAGUGACCAAAAGCCUUGGAUGGCAUCGCUCGAGACAACUGAUUUCUGGGCUAAAAGCUGUUACAUCGUGUCCAAACUAACUUUAGAAAGUGACAGUUCCACAAGCCAGCUCACACCACUCCAAGCUUUAGCAUCGUUCUUGAUCGAAGGCUCCCCGACCUUACAUGCACAUUCACACGCAGAUAAUGAUACUAUCAAACAGCUGUAUCAGAUUGCCAUGACCGUCUCAAAAAGUCAAGUUCAAAGCGAUAAUGAUUUAUCAAAUGUGGUAGACAUCAUUUGCUUCAACAACGAAAAAUUGCUCAAGAAAGCCCAUGAUGCAUUAUUUGGUGUAACUGGAACUUCCAAGGCAAAACUGGCCAUUGAAAGGGCACUAGUUUUUAAUGCAGCGGCAAAGAGAAAGUAUUGCCAAAACCUAAACUCGGAUUCAGACUCAUCCUUGGAACCAUUACCAAAAUUGAAGGGAAAGACAAGUGAAAUUCGUGGUAACCGAAAACAAGAUGAUCUCGAAUUUGUGAUUGGUUACAAAAGGGAUUUAAUAGGAAAGAUGGACUGGAAGAAAUGCCUGUCAAUUGGCCAUGAAAAAAAACUAUGCCAAACUUACUCCACCGGUGAAUCACUGAGACGAUUCUUUUAUAAUGCUACCAAAAAAUGAUUUCUUUCAUGUUGCUUUUGCAGCCAAUCUAAUAUUGGUAUCACGCAUGUUAAUACAUCUCCUACAAAUACCCUUAAUUUUUUCUUAAAUAUUGCUUGAUUUGACAACUUCAUAUUUGGUGCUCAUUAUAAUAUCUAACACGGAUAGCACGGUUAGCACAGUCGGUGUUGUAGCCAAUAAUAAUUCGGCUUGCUGUUACACAGGAUAGGAUCUUUCAUAUAAAUACUUUCUCAUUUUCAAUAAAUAUUUUUUAGUUCUGUCUUUACCUAAA